GGUUAGGUGUAGCGACGGUGGCAGUGCGAUGGACGCGUUCACACCCCGCACGGUCCGUUUUGUUCAAGGCUCUCCGAGCUCCACUACCAAGUCCACGAAAUUCACUCAACAAUAGUCGUUUUCAUGGAUCAGUCUGAUGUCACAGCGGCGAAGACACCUCUGGUGGAUGUCCUGCUAUCUCAUCUUCCGAGCGAGUUUUCCGCACUAGGAUGCUUGAGCACGGUGUCGUCACGCAGGGACGUGGAGACGCUACUUUCCUUUGCUCUCGGUGGGGACUGUUCCGCAACAGUGUCACCUGAGACACGAAAACAUUGGAUACAACAGCAACCCGAGGCUAUCCGAGCAAUCCAAUGUAUUCGAGGUCUAGACUCAAAGGCUUGCAAACGUCCUCUAGAAGAUGGAAGUGCUGACGUGAUGCAGAGCUCGAAGAGGCUGCGGACAGAACAAGUUGAGGAGGAGGGGGAGGAGGAGGACGAUCCUCCUCUUUUCACUCUGCCAACCAUUUCCACGACGUCACCUGUCCGAAAAAAGGUUGACAUCACAGUCCACUCACAAUCAAUCCGAUUUGUUAAUCCCUCUUCGCGUGUACUUGAAGCAUCCAUCCCGCUCAUGAGUAUCACCCGCGCGUUCCUACUUCCCACGCGUGGUAAAGCCAAGGACCACUGGACUGUGGUACUUCUUUGCUCAGACGUGCCACCUGACAAGGGGAAAGCUGGCGCCCCUGCACAACAGCAGGCAAAGCAGAACCAACAAGUCAUAUUCGGUCUCGACGCGCUAAGUACGGCUCAAUUUGCCACGACGUCCUACUCGUUUUUCACAAAAGCGAACGGACAUUCUGUGGCUAGUUCGAGGUCUAUGACCACUACCACCGAUACAGUGGAAAAAGGCUCCGAAACCUGCUCAUCUCUCCGUAAACUUCUCUCCUUCCUAUCUGUCCCCUUCCUCGAACCUUCCGCCAGUAUAUUCAAAAGCGCAUGUGCGCCUACUAAAGCCGGGAACAGUGCUGCUGGAAUUGAUGCAUAUCUAUCUGCAAAGCAAGGAACGCUAUGGUUUUUCGAUUGUGGCAUCCUAUGGGGAGAGAGUAAGCCCUGUGAAUUUUGGGCUGUAGAAGACUUAACAAUACGAAAUGGGGUCAAGCUAUUGAGCGCUACGGGGCGGACGUGUUCGGUUAUACUUCGUAGAAGGCGGACUGGGGUUACCAAGGAGAGUGGUAAUAGCAGUGAUGAAGAAGAGUUUUCUGAGACGGAGUUUGCGAUGAUUGACGGGAAGGAACAAGAUCCUAUCUCUGCGUGGGUGAAAGAGCGGGAGGCCAUCUUUGGAAGGCCUUCGGGGUCUGCUCCAGACGAAACUUCGGUACGGAAGGGAGAAAACAGAAGCCAGAAGAACGCGGUCGCAAGCACCUCAGUGAACGGGCCCGCAUGGGACGAUUCCGAUUCAGAUGACGAGGACUUUUGCUCUGACUCACCAGAUAGCGCUAGUGGCGGCUCGACCCCGUCGGAUAAUUCCAAUGACGAGCAGCCUGAUGGUAAUGCUAGUGAUGAGAAUGAAGAGAGUGGAUAUGAUGACGACGACGACGACGACGACGAGCAAGAGGAAGCGGACGAAGAACUCGAUGUCGCCCGGCACCCUCUAUUGCGACCGGGUGCCAUGCCCAAGAUGUCCAAGUCUGCUGUGAACGCUGUCGUUGACAUGGUCAACGAAGAGUUUGGAUUUGCAGGGGAUAGCGAAGAGGACGAAUUACAAGAUGAUUAGGCUUCGUUCCUUACCGAGACCUCGCUCUCAAUGCAUUUCAGCCCCUGAUAUUAUUGUACAUUCAGAUUUUGCACGACAUCUGAUCUUUCCACUACAAGUAAAUACGGCAUUGAGAGGAGCUUGCCUGUUCUGACACCUCGGGUGUCAGCAAACUAACGCACUGGCCGAUCCAAUUAUAUACAGUGUAUCUU